AUGAAGGUUAAGCUUUUUAUGAUUCCUAAGGAAAAGGUAAAUAAUCAAGUUGCUUGUGUCGAAGAAUCAGCAUCUUUAGAACAAGCUAGCAAGAUUAUUGUGGAAAAGCACAUCGGAAGUGUUGUUGUGGUCAAUUCACUUCAUGAUCCUGUUGGAAUUAUCACAAAAACUGAUUUGGUGAAGGCAGGUUUCGUUGAAGGUCUUCCUUCCUCUACACCAGUCACUCAAAUCAUGCAUAAACAACUCGAAUUUUGUAAUGAAGAAAUUGAGAGAGAUCAAGUUGCUGAAUUGUUGAUGAAGAAGAGUAUUCAUCACCUCUUAGUUAGAAACAAACAUAAUGAAUGGACUGGCUUGACAACUUCCAUGGAUGUUGUAACAGAGGCAGCUCUUGAUGCUAAGGCAUUCCCUUGGGUAAGAAAUCACAAAUAA